UAGUUUCACAUUGCUUUGUUGACAUUGCCACUUCUUCACUCAGCCUUGUCGUCAGCCGUUCAGAGUAUAUGAUUGUGUAAUGCUAUUAGAACUUUAGAGGAAUUUUUCCUAGUUCAUUUGGGGGAUUGAUAUUUAGACUCCGAUGCUAGCGAUGCAGAGCCUGCUUUGGGUGACAGAGUGAAGAUCUGAGCCACUCAUGGUAUUUGUCUUGAGUUGAUUUGUGGUCCUCGCUUGAAGAUGGCCAGUCAGUUCCGCAGCUACAUUUGGGAUCCAGUGCUCAUCAUCUCCCAGAUCAUCCUAAUGCAGUGCAUCUACUACAGCUUCCUAGGCCUGUGGCUAGCUGGCGUGGAUGGACUUGUGCACAACAACAGAUCUCUCGAUCAGAUCUUCAGUUAUGAAAUCCUCGGUUUUUCAACGACACACGGACGACUCUCAAUGAUGGCAUUCAUUCUGAACUCUCUCACAUGUGCUCUGGGCUUGUGGUUAUUCAUCCGUCGGGGGAAGCAGUGUUUGGACUUCACAGUCACGGUGCAUUUUUUCCACAUGAUUGGUUGCUGGAUCUAUAAUUCUCACCUGCCUGCUGCUCUGUCAUGGUGGCUGGUUAAUGCGGCCUGCAUUGCCCUCAUGGCAGUCAUAGGCGAGUACCUGUGCAUGCGGACAGAGCUCAGGGCCAUUCCUGUGAAUAGCGGCCCCAAAUCCAACCUGUGAGAAUCUCUGUAAUGGACAGACAGUGCAUUCAGAGCAGCUUUGUGCUGUGAAUAAGCUGGCAGACAUGAUUUAAUCACUUGGCAUGUUGAGCUGGGUUCAGUGUUAACUUUUACUACCACUGGCAAAGGGGAAUGCAAACAGAAUCCAAGUAUUGACUGAAAACAAACACUUCCUCUAAGAUACCUUAAUUUUCAUCACUCAAGUUUUUCCAUAAUCAUAUAAAAUACAUUUUGGCUAAGUGGAUGUUUGUCAUGCUUCUGAAACGGAGGCUUGAACCCCCAGAAUAAUGCAUAACUGAAUCCUGAGAUAAACUGUUUCAUUGCACUUUUUUAAUCUUAAUUUUCAAAAGACUUUUUGAAGCAUUUGGGGUUGUUGUAUGCAAAUAGACACUGAAGAACAGAGCUGAUUCUUUAAUGGAAAAUAAAUAUAUGUUCUGUAUUUGUUCUACUGAGUAAUUAGAAAAAUCUUCCUUUAACAGACUCAUCUAGCAGUUAUAUAACAACUGAAAGAUGGAAUAGUUUGGGUUACAUGUAUACUUAAUUUUGUAUGUGUGUCCUGUAUAUGAGUGCAAAUAAAUUUUGUUGUUAUUGUCA